UGGUCAUUGCGUUUUCCGCCAUGAUAAAUUGGUGCACGCGCAGUGGAAGUAGUGAAAAGUGAAUUAUUGUAGGGAUGAGAAUGAGAAUUCCAUUGAGCUGAAGCAAUUAGAACGAGGAACUGUAUUUCGUAUAUCUGCGGUCGAUCCGAGGUGGGCUGAAGACAUUCUAGAUACCCUGUGAGUUGCAAAUUCUGUGAACGGUAACAUGGCAGCGUUACCACGUAGAAUUGUAAAAGAAACGCAGCGUUUGAUGCAAGAACCAGUGCCUGGAAUCAGUGCUGUACCAGACGAGAGCAACGCUCGCUAUUUCCAUGUUAUUGUGACUGGCCCAGAAGAUUCCCCUUUUGAGGGAGGCCUGUUCAAGCUCGAACUAUUCCUGCCAGAGGACUACCCAAUGUCUGCACCAAAAGUACGGUUCAUAACUAGGAUCUACCAUCCGAACAUUGACAGACUUGGUCGGAUCUGUUUAGACAUACUGAAGGAUAAAUGGAGUCCGGCACUGCAAAUCCGUACAGUCCUCUUAUCUAUUCAAGCACUGCUGAGUGCACCAAACCCAGAUGACCCAUUGGCCAAUGAUGUUGCCGAGCUGUGGAAAGUCAAUGAAUCGGAAGCUAUUCGUAAUGCAAAGGAAUGGACUAGAAAAUAUGCUAUGGAUAACUGAGGAACGGUUUUAUAACAUUAUUCUUAGUAGUAGACACUAUCUACUACUACUUAUUUGAACAUUUUUGCAUUAUAAACAGCUGAUUUCAGUGUAACAUGAUACAUUAUCUAAUAUAAAAAUUUUAUCAUUUAUUCAACUGUUGCUCUUUAGUGUAGAGAUUAUUUAUAAGAUUUAAUUUGAAUGUAUUUUGAGGAUAGUCUAAAACCAAGUUCUACCUUAAAAGAAACAGAAGUCCGAAACAUUAUUUUACACUAUGUAUCUGUUAAAUUAAUCAUUUUAUAUUUCAAACACAAACAAAAAGCAGCUAACAACA